AUGAAACUUAGUACUAAUGUAAGAACACGCAAGAAAGUGCAGGGAACCUCUUGGACCAACCAGUCUGACCCAUCCAUAGGAACCUUCUCUGCUGGUGUUGACAUUUUUAAUCUUCCUGAAAUAUCCAUUUGGAAUGGUAGUAGCCGAUAUUGGCGUACUGGUCCAUGGAAUAGUUGGGUCUUUAUAGGAAUACCUGCCAUGGAUUCUGGAAAUAUAGAGCAAAAGAUUUCAUAUAACGGUGGUAAUUGGGAGGUCGGGUGGUCAGCUUUGGAGACCGAAUGUGAUGUUUACGUAAAGUGCAGGGAAUAUGGAAUCUUUUACAACUCUUGCCCAUGUUCUGUCAAUGAGAGCAUGGAAUGCGGCUACUUUACCUCUUCCUAUCAUGGCAGGCAGUCUGAGAUAUUUUUCCAUUGUGCUGAUAGCCUUUAUAUUUGCAAGUUGGAGGAGUUUUGA